CUAUCCUCCUCUGCUUCUCAAGCAUUCUCUCUUUCUUCCCAAUGACGAAUCAAACCUCCACUGAAACUACAAGUACCAGUAACUCUUCUCCUUCUGCUUCUCUUUCUUCUUCGUCUUCCUCAUCUGAACUAUCCAACCCCAGUUCAAAUUCUCAGGCCCAGAAAGCUCAAUCUCAGAGCAAGCAAGAAGAGAGCAGUACUAACAGAGCCAAGAGAGCCAGAGAUCCUUCUGACAAGCAUCCAUCCUACCAUGGGGUUCGAAUGCGAAAUUGGGGCAAAUGGGUCUCUGAAAUUCGGGAGCCUCGCAAGAAAUCACGAAUCUGGCUCGGCACUUUCGCUACUCCAGAAAUGGCGGCUCGAGCACAUGACGUCGCUGCUCUGAGCAUCAAGGGAGAAUCCGCCGUCCUCAACUUCCCUCAUAUAGCCUCUCUGCUGCCCAGACCCGUCACCUUCGCCCCGCGUGACAUCCAAGCCGCCGCCGCGGAAGCAGCGGCCAUGGUGAAAUUCGACUCUGCUCAGCCUUCGUCUUCUCCUUCUUCGCCGGAAGAAGCAGAGUCCUCGGAGCUGAGUGAGAUAGUGGAAUUACCCAACAUUAAUGAAGAGAGCUUCGAUUCGGUUGAGUCAUCAUCGACGAGUAGUCAUGACUUUGUGUGGGUGGAAUCCAUGGAUUGUUGGGUGUAUGAUCCUCCAUUAAUGGGGUUAGAUGAACAAGGCUUCUUUGACCAGUUUUACGGAGAAGAAGGAGGCUUUGAGAUAUCAAUCUGGGAUUAAUGGCGGAUUUUGAUGACCCUGCUGUUGUUGAGUUGUUGGAGGCCGGAUAAUUAGCUACGUGUCGUGAGAAUAUAUUUACUGUAAUCGACUUCACUUGUACACUGAACAAUUCUGGAAUGCUAAAUGAUGAGUUUGAGUGAG